GUUUCCCAGAGUUACAGUCAAUGUUAAGAACAAUGAAGCUCACAAAGCAGGUUGUAGGUUAGGGGAAGUUGGUGUUCAUGUGUACGGAAGAUAAUGAGUUCCAGGGAGAAUAAAAUGUACUUAAUACAGAGAAAAACCAGGCAUGGAUUAGGAGGUGAUGAAAGAAAGGAAUCAGAUAGUAGGAGGAAUUGAGGUAAGGUGAACAGUUUGAAAGGUCUAAGGGUUAAUGAUGUCUGUAAACCAAAUACCAUAAAUAGAAAACAACCUGGCUCUCCUCUGUUACCUGUCAAGGUAUUGUACACUGUAUUCCUCUGUGUGUUGACAUUCACAUAAAUAUCUGGGUAAUGAGCUUUUUCUUACUGGUGCAGAGGGAGGAGAAACAGCUUGAGGCAUCAUUAGAUGCACUGCUGAGUCAAGCAGCUGAUCUGAAGAACUCACUGGGGAGUUUCAUUUAUAAGUUGGAGAACGAGUAUGACCGGCUCACCUGGCCUUCUGUCCUGGACAGCUUUGCCUUGCUCUCUGGACAGUUGAACACUCUGAACAAGGUCUUGAAGCAUGAGAAGACACCGCUGUUCCGUAACCAGGUCAUCAUCCCUCUGGUGUUGUCCCCAGACCGAGAUGAAGAUCUUAUGCGGCAGACUGAAGGACGAGUACCUGUUUUCAGCCAUGAGGUGGUCCCUGACCAUCUGAGAACCAAACCUGACCCUGAGGUUGAAGAGCAGGAGAAGCAGCUGACAACAGAUGCUGCCCGCAUUGGUGCUGAUGCAGCUCAGAAGCAGAUCCAGAGCUUGAACAAAAUGUGCUCAAACCUUCUGGAGAAAAUCAGCAAAGAGGAGCGAGAAUCAGAGAGUGGAGGUCUCCGGCAGAACAAGCAGACCUUUAACCCUGCAGACACCAAUGCCUUGGUGGCAGCUGUUGCCUUUGGGAAGGGGCUAUCCAAUUGGAGACCUUCAGGCAGCAGUGGUCCUGGACAGUCUGGGCAGCCAGGAGCUGGGACAAUCCUUGCAGGAGCCUCAGGGUUACAGCCGGUACAGAUGGCAGGAACUUCAAGCCAGCAGCAGCCAAUGCUCAGUGGGGUACAAAUGGCCCAAGCAAGUCAACCAGGGAAAAUGCCAAGUGGAAUAAAAACCAACAUCAAGUCAGCUUCAAUGCAUCCCUACCAGCGAAACUGGCAGCCUUUUUAUCUUUUAGAGGCUCACUACAGGACCUUUCUGCCCAGGUUCCAUCCUGGCCAUCCCUCCAAGCUGCAGAUGGUGAGGCUUCUGGGCUGGGACAAUUUGUCUACCUGCAGCUCUGGUGAUGCUUGGGCCUGCUCCACUGUAUAUCCUCUGAAAAGCCAAUUCACCUCUUACCUGGGACAUAGUCACAGUGUCCUACAUCCUUUACCCUACCCUGUACACAUGAAGGAAGAUGUCAAAGGGCCAGAAGAUGGGGGCUUCAUCAGGAAGUGUCUCUACUAGGCAGGACUGUGGGAGAAAGAGUCACAUUCUUAGCACAUGAAAAAGCCCCUUCUUCACCUGGACUCAUAGUUCUUAUUUUGGAGGGAAAGAGGAAUUGCUGAAUGUCUCUCAUCAGUGUUCAGUUGUCUUCGUAACAGUGUCUAAUUGCUGGACUCUAACCAAG